CUCCGCUCAAUGGCUGGCUAACGCAGCCAAAACAAAACUCGUCGGCCCAAAACUUCGUGUUCUGGAUUAAGUUUACGUGCCGAGAAGCAAUCGGAACCACAGACACGAGUUCAAUCAGAAACACAUACCAGGGGUGUCGUUUUUCGACUUAAAGAAAUGCUGCGACCAGAGCUCAAAGUACGACAAUAUUCAGCUGACUGCCAGCGACUUCUCCCAUUAUGUGGGAGACCUCGGCAUCGGGAACGACACCAGCAGCUUCGGUUACUUUAUGUUCCGGGUGUUCGGGCACCCGGAACUGGGUGGCUGACGAUCACUUGCCACACUUUUAAUCUUUUCAAAAGAGAUAUGGAUAGUUUUUCCUUUUUUUUCUUUUUACAAAAAAUACAUCUUGGGAGGAAUGUAGAAAUUUUAUUUGUCACAUUGUAAAUUCUAAAUUUUACAUUUCAAGAGAGUGCAAAAGAAAAAAAAAAAAGAACUACAAAAAAGAUGGCGGACCAUGCGUCCUACUCACUGCCUGAAGGUCCUUACGAAAUAAACAAAUUGGGGUCCUUUCUUGCUGAAGGCUAGCUGUAAAAACGGGUUUUAGCGCUACAUUGUUUUAACUAUUCCUAAAAAGUAGCCCAUAAUUUUGUCACUAGGUGUUAUAUAAGCUAUUAGAGUUUUGUUAUUAAAAGAGAAGUUUUAUUCGGCUCGGCUUUUUGUGCUCUAAGCUGCGCCGUUGGUGCGUUUUUAGGCGUUGUGUUGUUUAUCUUUCCGUUUCUCUUACUACGGAGCUAACGUUAGCAUCAUUUCAGCAAACAAACUGCCCCUACCACCAGCCUAAGAUCUUCUGUGAUAUUCCCUCGUAAAAAAAUAAGACGUGGCGUUGAUGAGCAAUCAUGUCUGGCAUUGCUCUCAGCAGGCUGUCCCAGGAGCGCAAAGCCUGGAGGAAAGACCACCCAUUUGGUUUUGUUGCUGUGCCCACUAAGAAUCCAGAUGGAACCAUGAAUCUAAUGAACUGGGAGUGUGCCAUCCCUGGAAAGAAAGGGACCUUAUGGGAGGGAGGACUCUACAAGCUCCGAAUGCUGUUCAAAGAUGACUACCCGUCCUCUCCACCCAAAUGUAAGUUUGAGCCGCCGAUAUUCCACCCCAACGUUUACCCAUCAGGCACCGUGUGUCUGUCCAUCCUAGAGGAGGACAAAGACUGGCGGCCGGCCAUCACCAUCAAGCAGAUCCUGCUGGGCAUUCAGGAGCUGCUGAACGAGCCCAACAUUCAGGACCCGGCACAAGCAGAGGCCUACACGAUUUACUGUCAGAACAGGAUGGACUAUGAGAAGCGGGUCAGGGCACAAGCCAGGAAGUUUGCCCCCACAUAGAGGGGUGGAUCAGCCACAGGCGACAGGAAGCACCUGAAGGACCACUCCAAUAAGAAUCUGUUUAAAGUAUUAUUACACUGUCCCACAGGUGAAAUGCAAAGCAUCUUUUUCUUUUUUUUCUUUUAUCCCUUUUCAAACUACAAAAACACAAAUGAUUGUACAUGUAAUAAAUAUUUUUGCAUUUUAAAUGCAUUAGCGUUGGCGUUAAGUGCUCAGCUCACUCAUUUCGUCAAGCUGUACAAAUAAGAAUCCACCUCUAAAUCCUCUGAAAUCCUCAGUUGUUUUGUUUUGCAGUAAAGCAGGACGUUUCACACGGUGUACCUUCACCCAACCAUCAGUGCUCAGACGUAGUGUGCUUAUGUGUCCAAUGGUGUCCCUACAGCUGGAGAUAAGGCUAGAAAUUAUGCACACCAGUCAGGUCAGAGUCAAAAGAAAAAGACAAUCCUGAUGCUUGUUAUGAAAUCGGCAGAGGAGGAAGUAUAUCAGUAUAUCUUGGCUCAGGAAAUAGAAAAAGCAGAGCGGGCCAGAGUCUUUUUUUUUUUCUCACACUCCUCUGUUUUUCCAGUUUUAAGAGACUUGGUGUAUAGAUUCUCAAUGUGAAUCCAGCUUGAAGUGAUGAAAUCAUUCGUUUUCGGUGUGUCGUCCCCUUCCAAGACACUGUAGCUCCAUGUAGAUAAAGCUCCGUUGUGGGGAGGGAAACAAACGAAAAGCAAAUCGAAAGCAAAGCGGUGACUGUUAGUCGUCAGCCACUUUCAUUCGGUCAUUUCUAAACCAACGAUGCUUCCACGUCUACGAAAAACAAGUCCGAACCGGCUCCCGGGAGCCGAAGGAUCCUCGUUGGAACGGCCUCUCUGCAGCAAAGACGGACUGAAGCAAGUGCACUUGUGAAUAAACUAAGGCCUGGCUUUCUCUUUUCUGUGGGCCUCUAAAUAUGAGUGCAUGUACAUAAUAUAAAUAAACUGUGGAAGUAAUGUUUUAUAUUAUUUUAGCUAGUUGAUAAACAUUGUAUGUGGUUAUUGUAAGAAAAGUAAAUAAAUGAUCUAAAAAUUGUCAAAUAAAGCGAAAUGAAAGAA